AUGAAGUUUGCUACAGACUACGAAACACGAUUGGCACCUUCAGUGCUACCCACACGCGUCAGUAGCGCCUGUGAACGAUGCCGUCUCCACAAAUCCCGGUGUGAUCCAUAUCGUCCAUGCUCAUUGUGUGUGCGAGCGAAUGUCGAAUGUCGGCAACGCCCUGCAAUUCAACGCCGUGCGGGAAAUAUCCCAUCGGAACUGUUGCGGGGCCCGACCACUGGAGAAAAUGAUCCCGUUACGUCGCUGCGAACAAUGUCGGCGGACAAUCGCCGACAACAUAACCCAAUCUCGUCCUCCAUCGAACCUGGUGAAGCUGAGUCUGCCAUGGGUAUCGCUCGUAAGAUAUGCGAGCUCGGCAGCCAGCAUCUGGACGAGCAAACCACUUCGGCCAUCCCUGGCUACUCAACAAGUAAAGGCGUUUUGCCUGCGCCUGGCACUGGCGCAAAUCGUCGUCCUAUUUCCGCCAUAAUAGGUCAACCAUUUCCUGCGACCGAGACCGUCUACAGCCUUCUGGAUGAUUACUUUGACACGGUUCAUUGGUUUUCACUGGUGGUCUAUGAGCCCAAGUUUCGUCGCAAGCUUCAAACCAUUGCCGAUGGCUGCGCCGACCCUACCCAGCGACCCUUCCUUCUACUACUGGCAGUUAUGCUCGGUAUGGCGGCAUGGUACCGGUCACAACGCAGCCGCCAGGAGACAGCUAACGCCAACGAUAACUGGGCGGACUGGAAUGUGAUGGACCAGCCUUCCGUCCUCGCAAUACAGACUUGUAUUCUCUUCGGUUCGUAUCAUGUCUACCACGGACGACCUAAUUUGUCGUUCACUCUGCUUGGGGCGACUAUCAAAAUGGCACAUGCGAUUGGCAUGCAUCGGGAGCCUCGACGAGGGGACAUCGAUGACAUCGAAGAGCGAAAGCGAGUGUGGUGGACUAUCUACACAUGGGAUCGAUUUGCAUCCAUUACGUACGGCACACCAUUGGGCAUCAACGACAAGGAUUGCAAUUUGAGCAUGCCUGCCGACAUCUACGAAAACCCUUCCUUCGCUCAUCCGGUCUCUGAUGACUCUGCUUCUGUGUGCUAUUCACCAUACCAGAGGGAAUUGAACCGAUUGUAUCUGAUUGCCUCUCCGGCGCUUGAGAUCAUCUUCGGCUCUCACAGUUUUCUUCAUUCAUGGCGACAAUGUCUCCCGAGCCACUUGGUCCUCGAUCUCCAGCAAGACUUCCGUGCAACCGAUGAACAGAGCUCCAAAGCGUACGCCUUGCAAGCCUUGUCGCUUCAUCUAACAUAUGACAACAUUUUGAUCGUGCUCUAUCGUCCUUUAAUCUCAAGGCAGGUGGACCAUCUUUGGACGAGCAACAUGUCACCGGGGGUGGACGAUAUCCAUUCGACUGUUUUUGCGACGGCAGCUGCUCCAGACACGUCUAAAAGAACUCCCAUCCAAGCCAGCACAGCCAGCUCGGAAUUUUGGAUGAAAGCCGCUAUUCGAACGUCCAGGAUAACUGAACUACCUGUGCUUGCGCAACUUGCGACCGAAAGUCAUUUGGUCGCCUUCCUCGCCAUCAAUUUAUUCAACGCCGCGGUUGUCUUGGCAGUAAUGGCCAUAUCCGAGCCGCUUUCCGAUACAGCUCAAGAAGUCAAGCGGACGAUGACCCGCAUUCUCCGUCUACAAGACCUAUUGGGAAAGCGUUCGGCGCUCUCAAGACAGAGUACUCAGGUUUUGAAGAAGGUGGUCACAAUGCUUCUCCGCCGAGAAUCGGCCGCUAUGCUCGCCCCUCUUGCGGAAACCGCCGCCUUCAUCGAGUACGAUACCAAUGGCGACCGAGCUCUGCCUGAUCCGCCUCCCAUGUCUGUUGAAGAGACGCUGCGAUUGCCAUUAAAUGCGACUUUGGACAUGGUGGAUCCCUUGGUGGGCAGCCAGGGCAGCUCUAACUUCAAUCGCGCUGGCCGCGUCAACGAAAGCUUGACUUCCGUUCAGUACGUCAUGGUUCCUGGCCAGGAUUACACGCUCCACGUCCCCGUACUAGGAGAAAAUCAGCGGGGUCAAUUGCCUGCUCAUCCUAGCAUUCCACCGACGAAUGACUGGGCGCUACCUGCGUCGGGCGACUGGCAACAGCCCAAUGGUCUCACACCUCCUGGGGAAGACGGUCAUUAUAACAACGUAGAAAACGGGCUGUACUGGCUCUGGGAUACCACAUGGAAUGGACUGUGA